UUUCCUCAUUUUUUUCUAUGAGCAAGUCCAAAUCUCUUGAGACUGAUUUGUCUUAUUCGUGUAUAUUUUUAUUUUUUCUAGCUCGUUUUAUCGUUUACAAUCAGCAACAACAGCAACAAACCCCAACAACGACACCAAAACCUUCAACAAUAGAAACUUCAAAAUUCCGACGAAAUAAUACAACUAAUGAAAUUUUACAAGACAACAACAACCAAAUAGAUACAACAAUAAAUUCCCCUUGUUCAAUUCCAAAAUCAGCAACAACAAAUACUUUACCUUUAACAACAACUUUAAAUAAUCAACAACAAAAUUUACAAAAUAAUAAUUUAAAAAAUUCAACCAAAUCUCCAAUUCCUCCACCAAUUAAAGUUAAAGCAUGCAUGAAGGUUGUUAAUGUUGGAAGAAUGUCUGAAAGUGAAGAUGAAGAGGAGGAGGAAGAAGAAGAGGAAGAUGAUGAAUAUAUUCGUGAUCAAGUCCAAUUACCUUUUACUACAACAGAGGAAUUUAUGGACGAAUCAACAAUGAUUGAUGAUGAUGAAGAAGAAGAAGAUAAUAAAAUGGCCAAUAAAAUUAAACCUUCAACAUCUUCAUCAUUUAAUUUAAACAAAACAAUCACUAAAAAUCAUCAAGAAGAGGAGGAGGAAGAUGAUACUUUAGAGCCUCCACCACCACCCGAAUUAGAACAAGAAACAAUUUUGGAUGAAUGUCAUAAUCAAACAUUGGCAAAAUUACGUUUUGUAUUAGAAUUGAUUGAAACAAUAUGUUCUGUUGCUGAAAAUAAAUCUAAUCCAAUUGCUAUUGCUAUGGAAAGUAGUAAACAUAGAUCGAGACAACCCUCUUCUGAUGCAUAUCGUCGUGCUGAACAAUUAGUUUUGUACAUCCGUGCAUUACAUAUACUUUCAUCUGCUUUGGUUUUUUCACAAAAACAAAUAAAUGCAGAAAAACUACAUCCAUCACCAGCAGUUCAAAAUGUUUUGAAUCAGUUGAAUGAAAAAUAUCAUCAUUGUUUGACAAGGUCUCAAAUGCUUGCUUCACAUGGUAUUCCUGGACAAGAUCCGCAGAUGAUGGUUGUGUCUGCUGAACGUUUAAUGUAUCAACACGCAAUUGAAUUGUGUCAAUCAGCUGCUUUGGAUGAACUUUUUGGCAAACCACAGCUUUGUCCAAAACGUUACCAAAUGGCUUAUAUGAUGUUACAUACUUUGUUAUAUACGGUUCAAGAUGAACAGGACAAAGCAAUUUUACAAAAAUAUAAAAAUGCAGUAGAAAAACGUCUUCGAAUAUUAGAAAAGCAAGGUUUAGUUACUUCUGUAAUUAAUGAUAAAACGAUUUUGAGGGAUUAA